CUCACGCUGUAGGAGCGCGCCAGAGUACAGGAUCAACAUGGCCAACUUCAUGACUGAUAGCCACCGUCGGUUCCUCCAGGUACUGAUGUCUAAUGGAAUAAUAGAUGCACCUGAGGCAAGGCGGGUACAUAGACUUUUCUGUGAGCAGCAUAAAGUGUACUAUGCCCAUGAAAAAUUGGAUGACUUUGUUGGCGUUAUUAACACACAUCUACAUCCAUUGUUUAUGGAAAUCAGGAAAGGACGCUCAGAAGAUAAUGGAAAGAUGUUUUAUGCUCUGGUGAAUCUUGCAAUAACAGAAGCUACCAAAUUGGCAUCUGACUAUGCAGAAAAUGAAUUGGAAUUAUUUAAGAAAACCAUGGACUUGAUUGUCGAAUCAGAAAGUGGCUAUGUCUCCUCCACCAGUAUUUUAAACCUGUCUGACAAACUUCAGAGCAAAAAAAUGAAGAAGAAGGAAGUGGAACAAGUGCUCCAGAUGUUUGUUCAGGACAAGUGGCUUUCUGAAAAACACGGAGACUACACGUUACACACUCGCUGCAUCAUGGAAUUGGAUCAGUACAUAUGUGAGAUGUAUCAGGAUGCCAAAAAGUGCAACAUCUGUCACAGCCUUGCCAUUCAGGGUCAGUCCUGUGAAAAUUGUGGAAUUAAAAUGCACUUACCUUGUGUUGCAAAAUAUUUCGAAUCUCAGCCUGAACCACACUGUCCUCAUUGUAAUGAAGUUUGGCCUCAUGAGACACGAGAUUUAGUUCAACCAGAUUCCCAUUUGCCAUCUAGUACCCCAAGAACAACUAGAAGAGUCUCACGUUCAGAAACCAAGUGAUGUUAAAUGAUCGGUAUUGGGACAAGAUCUUCUGUACUGGAGUUAAAUAUUCAGAUAUGUGCAAAAGGAUAAAGUGAACCAAAUGGUCCUGUUUUGAACCAAUUAAUCCAUUUUUAAUAGCUUUAUAUUAAAUUAGCCCUGCUUAUUUGUAUUGACUUGUUAAUAAAUAAUCUAAGUAAAAUAACUAUAAUGAA